AUGAAUCCGGAUCAACAGACUGUACGGACGCGUCCGCGUGUUUCGCGGGCUUGUGAAAGAUGCCGUGUCAAGAAGGCAAAAUGUGACGGCGAGAAGCCUUGCAAGAGGUGUAACUUGGACCAAGCACCUUGUUCGUAUAAGGUACGAAGGAAGACUGAAUCUGCAAGCACGAACCAAAGAUACACCAAUCUCCUCCUUCAACACCAGGAGGCUCUUACAGCGGGUGUCGUGGAACUGUACCGGCGGCUCGUCAAAGGCCAGAAAUGGGAUGGCGUCCUCAUCGAGGAAGUCAAUGGCCACCCCAGCGUGCACGGUAUCCUUGAACGACUGGGAGUGCUUGACCAGGAUGACGAUGCCGAACACAGCAACAUCGACUCCUGCUCGACCAACAAUAGAUCGGAGCCUGUCUCACCCAUCAGCCUGGGGAGAUCUGUCCCGCCGAUCAUUGCGCCGAAGAUAAAGAAACCGGUUCGGGCAGCGAUGCGAAGAGAAUCGGUCCGCGACGCACCUGGCACGGCCCACGCUGAACAACGGGGCUUCGUUGUGCAAUCGCCACAAUCUGCCACGGCGACGACCAUGAGCCGGACGUCGACCACCUGUGGACCGCCGCCUUCGACACUCGAUGUGGAUGAAGUCCCAAUGCAUUCGACGUAUUUCGCCCAGCUUCACUCACCCCUGACGCCACUAUCAGACACACGAAGCACCCCUCUGUCCCAGGUUUCUGGCCCACGCUUCAACAGGACCAGCACAUCGACGACAUCUUGGGUCGACUCACCGCCGGUGGAUGAGUUUUGCGACGAGCUAUUCGGCACGCCGAUACCCACGCCCAGAACGGAAGGCCAUCCUGGACAUCAACCGCCGUCGGACCACCAAAUCGACCCUCUUCCCCAACCCCAGCCGCAAGGUCAUACCCCGCCAUUCCAUCAGAAUCCGUACGCAGUAGCCCCGACGUUCGCGUCCCCGAACUCGAGCGCCACGGAAGCCUAUAACGCUGGAUACUUCUUCGACGCGACCCUGGGCGGCGGAGUGUCCAUGUACGCCUGGGAUGGUGGACCGGGCGGGCCGGGCGGGAUCGAGUGUGCCGCCUGGGACACGGGGGUGUAUGUCUGA